CUCGUCAAAAUAGCCAACUACCAGGACCUGUUGGGCAGCCAUCAUCAACUGCUCUUAGCCGCCACCGCCGCCGCAGCCGCUGCAGCAGCCGCCGAACCGCAACUGCAACUGCAACACCUGUUGCCAGCAGCGCCGACGACGCCAGCAGCCAUCAGCAACCCCCUCACUUCGAUUGGCCCGAUCAACCAGAUCAGCAGCAGCAGCCAUCCGAGCAACAACAACCAGCAGGCGGUGUUCGAAAAAGCCAUCACCAUUUCGUCGAUUGCGAUAAAACGCAGGCCGACGCUGCCGCAGACGCCAGCAAGUGCCCCACAGGUGUUGUCGCCGUCGCCCAAGCGCCAGUGUGCCGCCGCCGUCUCCGUGCUGCCGGUGACCGUUCCCGUGCCCGUUCCGGUGUCCGUGCCGCUGCCCGUUUCCGUGCCCGUGCCCGUCGCGGUCAAAGGUCACCCGAUCUCGCACACACACCAGAUCGCCCACUCUCACCAGAUCUCGCACUCGCAUCCGAUCUCGCAUCCGCACCACCACCAGCUGAGCUUCGCCCAUCCCACACAGUUCGCGGCCGCCGUCGCCGCCCACCACCAGCAGCAGCAGCAACAGCAGGCGCAGCAGCAGCAGCAGCAGCAGGCCGUGCAGCAGCAGCAGCAGACCGUACAGCAGCAACAAGUUGCCUACGCAGUUGCCGCCUCACCUCAGUUGCAGCAACAGCAGCAUCAGCAGCAACAGCGACUGGCCCAGUUCAACCAGGCGGCAGCAGCAGCUCUCCUAAACCAGCACCUGCAGCAGCAACACCAGGCCCAGCAGCAAUCUCUGACCCACUACGGCGGCUAUCAGCUGCACAGAUACGCACCGCAGCAGCAGCAGCCGCAGCAGCACAUCCUUCUGAGCAGCGGCAGCAGCAUCAGCAGUAGCAAGCACAACAGCAACAACAACUCCAGCAGCAACAGCAGUGCAGCAGCAGCUUCUGCGGCUGUGCCCAUAGCAACAUCCGUUGCUGCUGUGCCGACCAGCGGCGGCAGCUUGCCGGACAGUCCCGCCCACGAAUCGCACUCACACGAGUCCAACUCCGCGACCGCCUCCGCACCGACCACGCCCUCGCCGGCAGGCAGCGUCACCAGCGCCGCCCCCACAGCAACAGCAGCAGCAGGAAGCGCUGCAACAGCAGCAGCUACAGCAGCGUCUGGCACACCAGCAACAUCGGCCGUUAGCGACAGCAACAACAACCUGAACAGCAGCAGCAGCAACAGCAACGCCAUAAUGGAGAAUCAGAUGGCACUGGCCCCACUGGGACUUUCGCAGAGCAUGGACUCCGUGAACACGGCCAGCAAUGAGGAAGAGGUUCGCACACUUUUCGUCAGUGGCUUGCCCAUGGACGCCAAGCCGCGCGAGCUCUAUUUGUUAUUCAGAGCCUAUGAGGGCUAUGAAGGAUCUCUUUUGAAAGUAACUAGCAAAAAUGGCAAAACUGCAUCGCCCGUUGGCUUUGUGACAUUCCAUACAAGAGCUGGAGCUGAGGCAGCUAAACAGGACCUGCAGCAGGGUGUACGCUUCGAUCCCGAUAUGCCCCAAACAAUUCGCUUGGAAUUCGCCAAGAGUAACACGAAAGUGAGCAAACCCAAACCACAGCCCAAUACAGCGACAACAGCCUCACAUCCUGCAUUGAUGCACCCACUCACUGGACAUCUGGGCGGUCCCUUCUUUCCGGGCGGACCGGAGCUAUGGCAUCAUCCGCUAGCCUAUUCGGCCGCCGCCGCCGCCGAGUUGCCAGGAGCUGCUGCACUGCAGCAUGCAACGCUAGUGCAUCCAGCCCUGCAUCCGCAGGUGCCAGUGCGCUCCUAUCUCUGACUAAAUACAGACAAAGUAAUGGAGCAGCCGAUGCAUCAAACUCAAAUGACCAUGCCGCCACAUCAUCAGACAACUGCUAUUCAUCACGGAGCUGCGAUGGCUCACAUGGCUGCGGCUGCGGCAGCUGCAGCUGCUGGGGGAGGUGGGGGGGCGGCCACCGCUGCUGCGGCACCACAGAGUGCUGCUGCGACGGCCGCUGCAAGUGCCGCUGCAGCCGCAGCUGCCUCGCACCACCACUAUCUGUCGAGUCCGGCGCUGGGCAGCCCGGCUGGAUCCACGAACAACGCCAGUCAUCCGGGCAACCCGCAGAUCGCGGCCAAUGCGCCCUGCUCCACGCUGUUUGUGGCCAAUCUGGGGCAGUUCGUGUCCGAGCACGAGCUGAAGGAGGUGUUCUCUAGUAUGCCUGGCUUUUGUCGCCUACGAAUGCACACAAAAGCCAUGGCAACAGCAACUGGCUCAAGCUGCUCCACCAGUAACGGCAGUGGCAGCAGCAACAGCAACCACAACAACGCUGCGGUGCAGCAACAUCCGGUGGCAUUCAUCGAGUUCAAGGACCCACCGACCGCGUCUCAGGCCAUGCAGCAGCUGCAGGGUAAAUAUCUGCUCAGCUCGGAUCGCGGUUCCAUCCGCAUCGAGUUUGCGCGCAGCAAAAUGAUCAACGAGGUGACCAUCAUGAACACCAAGGCACCACCGCCACCACCACCACCCACUGCCGCAGCUGCUGCUGCUGCUGCUGCUGCACCACCGCCACCACCAGCACCCAUGUACAUCCUGAACGGCGGCGGAGGGGUCGAGCACUUGCUGGUCCCUGCACCACCGUCGUCGGCACAGCAGCAGCAGCAGCAACUCCAGAUGCAGCAACUGCAGCAGCAGAUGCACCUUCAGCAGCAACAUCAGCAGCAUCAGCAGCAUCAACAGCAGCAGCAACUCCAACUGACCGUGGCAGCACCCUGCACCGCAGCAAGCACCACCACCCACAGCAGCACCACUAGCGUUGUUGUUAACUCACUACAGCACCACCAACUUCAUCAUCCAAAUCAGCACCACCAAAAUCAUCUCUUUAGAGACAGGAGCGGGUAUGGAAUCACGGCAUGAUUUGCUCGCUAAGAAGCUAGAGCGCGAAAUGCAGCAACAGCAGACGCAAGUGCACCACCAGACGCAGCAGCAACAACAGCAGCAGCAGCACCACCACCCAGCAGCGCAGCACUACCACCACAGCCACCAGACAGCGCACCACCAGCACCACCAGCAGCAGCAACAACAGCAGCAGCAACAGCAGCAGCAGCAACAGCAGCAGCAGCACCUGAGCCACCACCACCACCACCAUCAUCACCAUCAGCAACAGUUCUUGAUGACGCCGACAGCAACCUGACCCGGUGGCACACUGAGCCACCAUUACGCGACGACGACGCCGCACCACCAACCACAUCAGCUCCACCAGCCGCACCACCAACAGCAGCAGUUGCAGCCGCACCACAUCUACUCGUACGUGCUGCCGGCAGUCAGCCACAUAGCAGCCUGAAUGGGCCACAUUUGAGUUUGAAAAUCGAGGGCAAAGAGCUCCGCAUGCACCGGAUUCAUGCGAGAAGUAAGAACCUUUAGUUCUAGGUAUAAAAAAAGUUGAAAAACCCAAAAAAAAAACUAAAAACAAAACAAAAAUGCAAAAAGAAGUUAAUUUAUAUGUGACAGACCCCGUUAAACCCAGUUUAGUGAAAUUUUUCGACAGGCAACAAAAAGAUUUGUAGUGAAAACCAAAAACGGGAUAAACUUGUAGUAAAAUAUACAAUUUACCAUAGAUCGAAGCUGAGCGAACUACUUAACUACUUAAGUUAGUUGCAAUACAGCGGAAAUCCCCCUAUAAACGAAUACACAUAUAUACAUAAACCAAUAUAUAUAUAUAUAUAUAUAUAUAUAUAGUAUAUAUAGCAAGCUGAUCGAGAAUUUGUUUGUUAUUGAUUAUCCUUUUAAUGUAUUUUUGUGGCUUGAUGAAUUGAUUUUGUUAAAAGUUUUUGUUUGAGAAAUGUUGCGUUCUCUUAGUGUUACUUCCCCCUCAUUCAAACCCGAACCUAACCGACUUUUAACACAAGGAAUUGAGACACGAAAUUCGUAUAUUAAUCUUAUUAUUUCUUAUUUUUCGAUAUAUCCAACAGCGUAAGGGAAUAAAUUAUGAACAAAUUAUAGGAAGGAAGAAAAGUAUAUAAUUAUAGCUUAACCGAAUGUGCCCUUUAAAUAGCUCUCUUUUUAGAAUUAUGAGAAGUAAUAUGAAACAAAACCAAAAGAAAACAAUUUAAACGUAUGCAUUAAUGUAAUAAUUGUAUAACUAGUAAGGUAAAUUUUCAAAAUGUUACUCAACAAGAAAAUUCUACAAAACAACCACAACGAGUAGUCAAAGUCAUCGUAUAAAUUUAAAUUUAUAUUGAGGAAUACUGAAAGCUGGUUUCGAAAUUUAUUUGUUACAAACGUAAGCAUAACAAAAUUUAAAUGUGAAUUUCAAAUUUACCCGAUAGGACAUAUCGACGAUAUGGGAUGAACGUUGCACGUGCGCUGUAGUGAAGCAAAGACUCAAAAAAAACGUUUUUUAAGAAACAAGAAAUGCUGAAACUGGCACAGGACACUCCAAACUUUCCGCCCAGAACCAUAUGUUUUCUUUCGCCACUUUUGGUUGAGCAUUUUCUGCGUUUCCCCUACAAAGACUUGAACUUUACUAGAGGCCCCAGUCUGCAGGACUCCAUCUACCUAAUGAGAAACUAUUCCUAACCAACUUUCGAAAUGCUAGAACAAUCAAAUCACAUUUCUUGCUAAACCAACGAUCGAUUUAGUGGGGGGAGGGCGCAGAACGAGAUCGGGUAAGAAGGAUCGAAUAUCGGAUACCAUGUGAGGGUGGGGAGAGUGUUUAAGAGGUAGCAGCAAACAAGGACGAGUAAAUAAAAUCAAUGGCAUAUCAUCUUACGUAGCAAAGCAUAAGUCGAGUGUGUCUGUGUGACUACAGAAAGGACGAAGACAAAUUCUAUUGUAACUAAACGCAAGAACACAGCAGAAACCAACUACAAUUAAUUAUAAAAUAACAACUAACAACUAUAUAUAGUUAAAGACGAAAACAAAUUGUAAGCAAGCUUUUUACAACAUAAUUUUCGAAUAAUUUUCGAAAUAGUUCGUUCAGCCUUGUUUAAACCAAUAUAAGUAUAUAUAAUAUAUAUACAGAUAAAAUCUUUAAAUUUUACCAAAGUUGUCCUUACUAAUUAAACAAGUUAUGUUAACCAAUUCACACACUAUUUGUUGAACAAAAACAGAAGAAACCCACAAGUAAAUCAACUAAUUUUACACGUUUUUAAAGCUUAGUUUAGGGUAAACGUGACUAGACAUACCAAAGGCAUAUUUGAAACAAAAACCACAAUUGUUAGAAGGAAAUGUGAAAAAGAGAAACAUUAACUAAUUGGUACUGUUUUAUCCCUUUUCUACAAAAUUUUUCUUUAAAUAUUUAAUUAUUUAAUUUCCCGUCUAACUUUAGUCGAAUGUAAAAUGCAUAUUCCGUCCAAUUACAUUUCGUGCUUUCCUCUUGCCCAAAAAUAUCAUCUCUUCGCCAGCACCGCGUUGGUUUUAGAGGCAUCAUCAUUCGGAGUUAAGAACAGAGGUCUACUUAUAAGUCUUUAUCCUAACACACACACACGCACACGCUCACCACAAAGACAAGUAAAUUAGUUAAAGUUUUAGCGCGUAAGCAAGGAAAUGUUUAAUUAUACAUAAUAUACUAAUGCAUAUCAUAAAAUUGCGCCUUUCAAAACGAUUAAAAAAAAAAAAAAACCAGAAGCCCGACGAUGAAAAAUAAAAAUAUUUACAACUACAAAUAAGCAUAAAUAACAAAACAAAAAUCGAUAGAUGCUAAAGUACGAAACAAAUAUUUUCGAAAUUAAUUUUAAGCGCCUAAGUGUGGUCGAUGAGCCCAAAAGUAUGCAACAAAAGCAAUGGAAGUACGCAUAAGUGUGUGAGUGUGCCAGUGUGUGUGUGUGCAUCUGGGAAAAUCUUGUGCAAUUUUCAUUGAAGAUAGGAAGCGAUAGGAGUAGGGAAAACCAGCGCGUCGGCAAGGUUGUUCAGUCCCCACCCCCUAAAAAAACCAUUUCGAGGCUUGAAUUCCAGACAUUCUUUAAUCUAAAUUUCAUAGCUCUAUAUACAUCUAGAUUUUACAAAUCUGCAGCAGGCAAAUAUUAAACUAAAAAUUGGUAAUAUCUCGAAAACACCAGAGGAUGAAAAUCUAGCUCGUAAAGGAUAAACUAGAGAAAGAUAAAAUGAAUGAAAGAAAAACUAAACUAAACAAUAUGAAUUAUGGGAACAUUAUAUGAAUAUACAUACUCAUAUAUUAAAACAUUUUUGAAAGAAACGAAAACCUAUUAAUUACAAAGGAAAAAAAUUAUAACAAAUACAUAUCAGCAAACGGAUAAAGAACAAAAUAAGAAGAAACUUUUACAAGAAACAUUAUUAAGGAACAUAAAGCCGAUAUGUUUUGAUGUGGUUUUUAAACUUUUAAACAUUGUAAGCGCAAAAAGGCAGAAAGCAGUUACCAAAAAUAUGGGGGAAGCAAGCAUAACUGAUUGAAAGCUUAGUAAUAGAUUAGGGAACUACUUACAAAAUGCUAGCUAUAUGCUUACCUAGUAAUGUCAUAUCUACAUACGUGGCAGCAGUAAUAGAAAGACAGUAACAGUAACAGUAACCGUAACAGUUAAAAUAACAAUAAAUCAGUAACAAUAAAUACCCUCCUCUAUUGUAUUUAUUGUAUUAUGGCUAUAAUUUAUGUCUCGAAAAUACUUUCGUUGCGUACUUGAUUGAUUUUUGUUUAGUUUAAGUUGCCCCCUCCCCAAAAGUUGCCUUAUGUUUGCCUAAAAAAUAAAAUUACAAUCAAUACAUACUAAUUUCUAAGUAAUUUAUAUGUAUAUGUAUGGUAUACCUCUAUGAUAAACCCUUAUAUAAAUAUACUUAUAUCAUUUGUGUAGCCUUAACUUAGAACUUUUCAAUUGACGGUAUUAAUUACGCAUAAUAAAACCUUAUAUUUUGUUCGUUAAACAAA